AUGCAGGUCCAGAAAUCUCAGCUGCACGUUCCCUACGCCGAGCACUUCAGGCUGGAGCCGCUCCUGCGGGACCACCGCGUCAUCAGCUUGGAGGACUUCAUGGAGCGGCUGGCGCCGGUUCACUGGCCUCCUGGCAAGCGAGUGGCUUACUGCUUCGAAGCGGCGGCUCAGAGAAGCGCCGACAAAAGCUCUUGUCCCAUGAAGGAUGGAAACCCAUUUGGUCCCUUCUGGGACCAGUUCCAAGUGGAUUUUGAUAAGUCUGAGCUCUUCAAGGGAAUUUCCUUCAGUUCUGCGUACAAGGACCAUUGGAUCCAAAGGUUUUCACCAUCUGAGCACCCGGUACUCGCCUUACCUGGAGCUCCGGCCCAGUUCCCCGUCUUAGAGGAGCACCGACCCCUCCAUAAGUAUAUCGUGUGGGCUGAUGAAAUGGUGAAGAAAGGAGAAGCCUAUAUUCACUCUCUGCUGGUCAGGCCCUACGUAGGAAUUCAUCUGAGGAUCGGCUCAGAUUGGAAAAAUGCUUGCAAUAUGUUAAAGGACGGGACAGCCGGGCCGCACUUCAUGGCUUCACCUCAGUGCGUGGGCUACGACCGAAGCGCUGCGGUCCCUCUUACCAUGGACAUGUGCCUGCCAGACCUCAAAGAGAUCAAGCCGACGGAAAUACAGCAGUUCUUCCAAGGAAAGAUCAAGGUUGUUAGCCUGCAGCCAGAAGUGCCUCAGAUUGAUUUGUAUGUUCUUGGCCAGUCCGAUCACUUUAUCGGGAACUGUGUCUCUUCGUUUACCGCCUUUGUGAAAAGAGAGCGCGACGUGCAUGGAAAACCCUCUUCGUUUUUUGGCAUGGACCACCCACCAAGGUUACGGGAUGAAUUCUGACCAAAAGAGGAACAGGCUCCGUAGUUCUCAGGGCUCUGAGCUUGGUACCUUGCCGAGGGACCACUCGGUGCUGACGGCGUUCUCCUGCCUGCAGAGCACACUGCCGGGCUGCCGCAGACCCGCUUCAGCCCUGUGGUGCUCCUCACAGUCGCUUCUAGACUGUUCUGUCUGACUUCUCCUGCAUUUCCGGUGUGAGGUCAGACAGAAGACAAAUUUUAAAUCAUGUAGUUUAUAGGAAACUAUAAACUAUAUAUAGUUUUUAAGAUUUUAAGGUGUAGUUUCUGUAGCUCUCCAUUCUCACUAUUUGGGGUUCGCCAGCAAUCGUGAUGAAGCAGCUGCUCAGAUUUCCUCUUCUCCUUUUUUUAUUUUCCGUUUAAGUUUAAAUUUUACCUGGAGAUGUUGUGAAGCUUCUUGUCCAAAACUGACCCUAAGUUCUUUUCUUUUUAAGUGCAAAGUAUUGUCGGGAGUAUCACGGUCCCUGGGAAGGGAGUGCAAGGUAAAACUCAGGACUGGAAAUUAGCUCUGGGUUUUAGCGGGUACCGCUGUUGCCUUACUAGACUCGUGUCACCUCAGUGCCUCCGUUUCUAUUCCCCUGUCAAAAGAGGUUUCAUACCCGCUCCGCAGCGGUGCUGGGGGGCGCCUGGAUCUCUUCAGCGGUGCUAGAGCAGCGCAGCGGGGACAUGUUUUAAUGUGGCAGCUGCCUGUUCUGCCCGGCUCUGUGUGGAACUGGGGAGAAGGCGUUCGCAGGGACACAGGCGAGAGAUCUUUCAUAGCCAGUCGAGAGCUGGAGACGUAGGGCUUGUAGCUUUGUAGCUGUUGAUGUCAGGUGGAGGGCUGCGGUAGCGACGGAACUGGUUUUGAGCUAAGACUUUUAAAGUAGCCGUAGUGGGGUUGGUGUACGUCGUACCUAGGUCUGUGUUAACGGCUUCUGUUUUCUUGUUUGUUUUUGUACUCUGUCGAAGAACCCCUCUGACAGCAGAACCCUUGUCUGGGGGGGUGGCUCCCGGUGGAGGUAACGGUGGAAGGAGCUCGCUGACGGUGAAACGGCAGCCCCAAACCCCUUCGUGUGGCCCAGCGCAGUUUAGUGCUGGGAACACUGAUAAUCCCGACGUGGCGAGACUCAACUUGACCGAUGCCUUUUGGUACUCCUGCGACUUUGCUCAGUCUCUGGACAAAGAGAGAAAAUUGCAGAACUUACUGUUUCUUUUUCAAAAAUGCCACUUAGGGGAAGCCGUGGUACCCGCUCCGGCUGCCUCCAGCGCACUACUACGGUCCAAAUGAUGCUGAGCGUUUACUGGGGUUUAACUCUAAAUGUCUUUUUGGUGCUGGGUCUUUUUUUUUCCUCCUUGGAAACAUUCCUGAGCUUUGACGGGGUUUGAAGGCUCAAGGGAGUGAGCAAAAGAGGGCUGAACGAGGAGGUGCCCCGAGGGCCGGGGCGGCAAAGGCUCAUCUCUUGUUUCCUCAGUGCUGGCUUCCAGAAAUCCGUGGGCGUGGGUGGUUUGGGGG